ACCUAACACGAGAAUUAAAAACAAGAGUUUUGUAUCCCAAAACAAAAACUGAAAUAAGCUUCGUAAUUACAAAAAACCAUAAUAUUUCCCCCCGAUCUCAACCCUAACAAAUGAAGGGGGAAGAAAUUGAGUUUUGCUCCUUGACCAACAAUUUCUUCCCGUCCCAUCAUUUCUUCACCCAUCGGUUAAACUACCUGAAGCAUCAAACAUGGUGCCAGAAGUCACCUGGAAAAAUGAAACGGUUUGCUACAACUUCCCGCCGCUAAUCAGCGUAGAGAGUUUUGGAGAUGGAUUCACCCUCAUGGAAGAUGUAUUCUCAGCUUCAUUGCCGCUCCUCAACCUCCAAAUCCUCCUCAUCUACGUUAUCAGCAACUCCCUGAAUUACAUUCUCAAGCGCUUCAGCAUCCCCUCCUUCGUGUCUCAAAGCCUGACUGGUGUCAUCCUGGGGCCAACCUUCCUCGCGAGGACCGAUUUCGUGCGAAACACGCUAUUCCCCGAGGCCUCCCACGAAACCCUGGACGUGGUAGGGAUCUGGGGAUACUGCACCUUCACGUUCCUCGCCGCCGUGAAAAUGGACGUGGCCAUGGUGAUCCGGUCGGGGAAAAAAGUCAUGACCAUGGGCGUAGCCUCCAUGGUCAUCCCACUCGCCGUCGGCCUCCUCUUCCAACGGCAGCAAAUCGCUCGGGCGGACAGCAAGCUGACGGUGAGCAGCAUCGUCGGCAUCACAGGCAUCCAAUCCCUCACCACGUUCCCCGUCGUCGCGCAGCUCGUCCACGAGCUCAAGCUGACCAACUCCGAGAUCGGCAGGCUGGCUCUAUCCUCGUCCCUCGUCUCGGGACUAUUCGGCGCCGUUUUCAACCUCGUGGGGAUGACGUUGACCAUGCAUCUCGACGCGCCGGGACGCUUGCGCAACAUAUUCGUGGCGUUGUUCUCCAUGGCCGUCGCGGUGUUGGUGUUCCGCCCGGCGAUGGUUCGGGUCGUGAAGCGUACGCCGCAAGGCAGCCGGGUGAAGGCGGCCUACGUGUCGCUAACCCUAGCGGUGGCGGUGGGCUACGUGGUGCUUUUUGAUGGGCUGAUGCUGGCUUUCAGCCUUGGCGCGUUUGUGUUUGGGCUGGCGAUUCCUGCUGGGCCGCCGUUUGGGUCGUCGCUGGUGGAAACCCUAGAGACGAUACCGCAGGCGAUUUUCUUCCCCGUGUUUGUGGCGACGUUGGCGAUGAAGGCGGAUCUGACGACGGUGUUUGGGGCGUUUGAGAAUCGAGGGUUCUUCACGGCGUUGAUAUACUGGAGUGCCAUCGAGAAGUUUGUGGUUUGCUUGUUGCUUGCGCUGCCGUGGAUGCCGCUGGUGGAUUCGAUCGUGCUUUCGCUCAUUUUGGGAUCCAAGGGUGUUGUGGAUGCCUCCAUUCAUGCUUAUCAAAUGGACAAUCAGCUGAUGGGCGUGCAACUCUACUCCUUGUUCAUGCUCUCCAUCCUAGUCAACGCAACGGUCAUCCCCGUCCUAGUCAGCAUCCUCUACGAACCUUCGAGAAGAUACGCGGGCUACCACUCGAGGAACAUCUUCGCCUUGAGGCCCGUGAGCGAGCUUCGAAUCCUGGCGUGCAUUCACAAGCCGCACCACGUCGCCUCGGCGAUGAAGCUGCUCGACACGCUCUGCCGGGCGGAAGAGAGCGCCGUCGCCCUCUACGUCAUCCACCUCCUCGAGCAAGUCGGCCAUGCGACGCCGAUCUUCAUAUCACACCAGAAGCAGAGGCAGUCGGACGGCUCGGAACCUUCCUACUCCGACGACGUCGUCUUCGCCUUCGAGCAGUACGAGUGGAACAACAUGGGAUGUACGUCGGCACAAAUCUUCACGUCGAUUUCCCAUGCAAAGUUCAUGCAGGAGGAUGUUUUCACGCUAGCACUCGACAAGCUUACUUCUAUGAUACUGGUCCCGUUCCAUCGGAAGUGGGGGAUCGACGGGAGGAUCGAAUCCGAAGACAACGUCCUCAGGGCACUAAAUUACAGGAUUCUGGAAACAGCACCAUGCUCGGUCGGGAUACUCUACGACCGCGGCGGCGGAGGCGGCUGCGGCUUCGAAGUCGUGUCACUCGACAACGACAACGACGCGACGGCCUCCGAACCGGCGCCGUCUCGCUCGAUAUGCAUGAUCUACCUCGGCGGCCGCGACGACCGAGAGGCCAUAAGCCUGGCCAAGCGCAUGGCGAACGACCCUUCCGUCCACCUCACCAUACUGCGCCUGGUCAGCGACGAAGUGGCCGGCAGCGAGACGGUGCUCGACGACGUCGUAUUGAACGGCGUGCUGCGAGAGAUGACCCACUUCCUGAACGUGCAGUGCUUGGAGAGGGUGGUGAGGGACGGGACCGAGACGGCGAGCCUGAUCUCCUCCGUCGCCGACCAGUACGACGUGUUCGUCGUCGGGAGGAGGUGGCACGUGGAGGUGGCGUCGCCGCAGACGGCGGGGCUGUCGGACUGGAGCGAGUUUCCGGAGCUGGGAGUGAUUGGGGAUCUGCUGGCGUCGAAGGAUGUGAGGACUAGGGGUUCUGUGUUGGUGGUGCAACAACAGAAGCAGCAUAAGAAGAAGAUAUGAAUUAGAAAGAUUAGCAUGCACCAAUCGUCAUGAACUAGUAGUUGAAUGAUCUGUUAGCAAUGGUAUUAGAGUUUAUUAUAGUUGAGAGGUAUUGCAUUCGAAUCCUAACUAUCUCAAUAUUAAGUAUAUGAUAUUCAGAUAUAUAAAAAUUACAAU